UCUCGUGUAAAGACAGAAUAAGAAGAAAAAUAAAUAAAUUGUUACUCUAACAAAUUUUACAAAUUAUUUUGAAACAGAUCUCGAACUCAUUGUCUUAGAGAUUGACGGACAAAAAAAGUAGUUAUCAAACGUACGAUAUCUCGUUCGCAUUCGGACAUUGUGAUACGCGAAAUGCCGAGUGCCUCGGCCACUUUGAGACAAGAACGUAGGGUGCUGCGAACGUCUUUUUUGAGGGCCGUGCCGGCCUGUUAAAAUGACCGCACGUCUCCACUCGCUGAGGCACCAGGAGAAGAAAUCAGUCGGUAAUAGCCACAGGCAACAUCAUCAACAAUCUCAACACCAACAAGCAGUACAUCAGGGUCCUAGUCCGGCACCCAGUCCCAGCCCUAGCCUUAGCCCGAGCCCGAAACACUCGGACGGACGUCGAGCGAACAAACCACUAAUGGAAAAGCGACGACGAGCGAGGAUCAACCAAUCCCUGGCAGCCCUAAAGGCGCUGAUCCUUGACAGCGCUCGGCUCGAGAAUACGAAGCACAGUAAACUCGAGAAAGCUGACAUCUUGGAGUUGACGGUGAGGCAUCUCCAAAGGCAAAGAUCUCUCGCACAACCUGGUCUGUCCAGGUACAAGGCCGGCUACCAAGAUUGCUCGAGGGAGGUGAGUCGAUAUCUCGAUGCUCCAGACAUUAUUACGGGGAAUACGACACCGAUGGACCCGGCAGUGAAGCAGAGGUUACUUCGUCAUCUGGACAGUUGCGUGUCCGAGCUUGAUCUAGAUCUUGGAUCGAGACCUGACAGUGGAUUGGGUAGCAGUCCUGGUAGCGUGACGGAUCGUGUGACCGGAGCUACGAGUCCUGGUCCUUUGGAUCAUCACGUGCCACCGACGCCUCAUUGCAGUACUGCCUUGAAUCCAGCUGGUUUAAUAAAGUCAGAGAUACCAGAGAUGGAGACGGCCAGGCCUGACAGUAGCACGACGGCCGGUGACGAAAACAACAACAGUAGCAGACCAACUUCGGCGUUCAGUCAAGUCAAUCCAGCUGGUCUGGAUCAACAUCACCCUUCCGGUAUACCGGUCGAUCAAGCCUCGACAUCGCAGCAAAAUCCAAAUAUGCUGUCGGUCGUACAGGUGAUACCUUCGAGAUUACCUGACGGCCAGGUUGUCUUCCUUCUACCUAGUCAUUACGUCCAAUUGGCUGCGGCAGCGGCAGCGAAUGGUAUCAGUAUCGGACCGAACCCACCAACUGCAAUCUGGGCAGCUACAAACAUGUCCUUGCUCAAAGCUACGGACAAAUUAGCUAAAAGACCUCACGAGGAGAUGCAAGAAUGGCAGGAAACUGCGGCUGGUGUUAAACCUAGUAAGAGUCCUCGAAUGCAGGAACAACCCGAACAACCAUUAGACUUUACUACCAAUUCGAAGAAAUUAAAAACGGCCUCGAGAAACUCUAUUCACGGUAUACCGAGUAUCGAGCAUCAACAACAGCAACAGCAGCAACAGCAACAGCAACAACAACAACAGCAACAACAGCAGAUACAACCUUCUCGAACGACGACUGAUGGUGCGAUUGUUCACGAGGAGAGACCCUCUAGUCAUGCGGGUAGUGAAAUCGCUGUUGGAAUGCCAUCGCCAUCUCAGCUCGGUCAACAGGCCGUCAAGGAUGAAGAGAGCAUGUGGAGGCCUUGGUAAAUCGAGAAUACCAUUUGCCAAUCGAUUGCGUCGAUCUUACUUGUAUAUAAAUUAUACAUACAUAUAUAUAUAUAUAUAUAUACAUACUUUAACGUUUUAUCGAUGGUGAUUCGAGUGAAACAGCUUCGAUUCGAAACAACAUCCCUGUCCUUCCCUCUCCCCCAUUCCACCAACACCCUAGUCAAGGAAACCCCACACGAAAUGGUUUUUCCUUAGCGCAAAGGAUUUUUUUUCUCGGAGUACGUAAGUAAGUAAGUAUACUUACGUGCAAUAACGCCUGACGUCUGACGUCAAACUCGAAGUUCUUUAUCUACUACUACUACUACUACUUCUUCUUCUUCUUCUUUUUCUUCUUUUUUCUUCUUCGAAGCAGUUUCAUGCGAUUCAGAAUGCCAAAGUAGUAAAACGAGGCGAAAAAAAUUUAACGAUCGUAAAAAAAUAAAAGAAAUAAAGGAAAAAAAAAGAAAAAAAAAAAGAGAGAGAGAGAGAGAGAGAGAGAGAGAGAGAGAGAUAGAAGAAAAUUAUCCGACGUCUGACGAUGAAGCUCCGCAUUUUUUUUUUCUCCAAGUGAAUAAUAAAAAUACGAUAUUCGAAGGAAAAAAAAAACAAACAAACAAACAAAAAGAAAAGAAAAAAAAAAAAAAAGAGACGAUUUCUUUUUUUCUUUUUGUGCAAAGACCCUUGUUCGAUGAAAUGAUAAUGACGAUGAUGAUAAUGAUGAUAAUGAUGAUAAUGCGUAAUGAACGAUAGAUGUAUCGUAGAUACGCGCGUUAUGUCGUUUAAUAAUUAAUUGUAUGUAUGUAAAUGAACGAUGAGAGAGAAGUAGAGCGAUGAAUCGAGCGUAUGUUAAAAGCGUAUGCAAGCGUGCAUUUGUGAGAUAAAUAAAAAGAUAAAUAAAAGAGAGAGAGAGAGAGUAAGAGUGAGAGAGUGAGAGUGAGAGUGAGAAAGGAGUAAACGAAUGUUUAAACGUGUGAACGGAUACGUUAAAUGCGUUUAAAAACCGAGACAUCGUGUGUACAUAAUCCCGAUCAGAACUAUUGCUAUUGUCGAGAUAUAGAUUUAUUUUGAUGUUAUCUAGAUGUAUAUGCGUGUAUUAUUAUUAGUAAGAUACUGCGAGAGAAAGAGUUCGAUGGAUGGGAUGAGAUGGGAUGGGAGAGGAGUGGAGAGGAGAGGAGAGGAGAAGAGAAGAAUGUGAGAUAGAGAAAUAGUAUGAAAGCGUGCGAGAUCGUGAAAAUUACACUUGUAGAGACACCAUCAUCUCACCACGUAAACUUACGUCUAUAAUUGCUAAAUAUCUCUGGAAUUCGAAUUCCUUAUCAAUGUACUUAGACAUGCAGUCAAUAUAAGCAUAUAUAUUGAACUGUA